CGCGGAGUGGCCCGCGGCGGGAGCGGAGCGGAGCGGGACGCGCCCGGCGGAGCCCGGCAGCCAGCUGCUAAAAACACUGGCAUGACUGGAAUUUAAGAUACUGGAUUCCUGCUCUUACCCUGAAGUAGAGGAAAUAAACGUGAGAAAUUUCUCCAGCUCAGGCAGUUAAAGGACCUAUCAUACUGAACUCUGCUUUGAGAAGAGGGGAAGCCUCUCCUGUGUGGAUUUGAAAUAGAUAGUUGGCAGUUGCCUUGAAUAAACUAAGGCAAAAAUGUCUAUCAUAGAUCCUUAUCAACACAUUGUGGUGGAGCACCAGUACUCACACAUAUUCACUGUGACAGUAAGGAAAGCCACAAAUGUCACCAAAGGAGCCAUUGGUGACAUGCUUGACACUCCAGAUCCCUACGUGGAGCUGUUCAUCCCCACUGCCCCUGACUGCAGGAAGAGAACCAAGCACUUCAACAAUGACAUCAACCCUGUGUGGGAUGAGACCUUUGAGUUCAUUCUGGACCCCAAUCUGGAGAAUGUCCUGGAGGUUACUCUCAUGGAUGCCAACUAUGUUAUGGAUGAGACUCUUGGCACAUCCACGUUUCCCAUCUCUUCUCUGAAACUGGGAGAGAAGAAGGAGGUCCAGCUAACUUUCAAUAAUGUCACAGAAAUGACUUUGGAAUUGUCUCUGGAAGUAUGCUCCUCCACGGACCUGCGGUUCAGCAUGGCGCUGUGCGACGAGGAGAAGAGGUUCCGGCAGCAGCGCAGAGACAACAUCAUGCACAGCAUCAAAUCAUUCCUGGGGGAGAAGAGCCACAACCUGACCUCUUCCCGUGAUGUGCCGGUGAUCGCCGUGCUGGGCUCGGGAGGGGGGUUCCGGGCCAUGGUGGGCUUUGCUGGAGUCAUGAAAGCACUUUAUGAGUCAGGAGUCCUGGACUGUGCCACCUACAUUGCUGGGCUCUCCGGAUCCACCUGGUAUAUGUCAACUCUGUAUUCCCACCCUGACUUCCCAGCCAAGGGCCCAAAGGAGAUCAAUGAGGAGCUGAUGCACUCGGUGAGCCACAACCCCCUGCUGCUGCUCACCCCGCAGAAGGUCAAGCGCUACAUCGAGGCCCUGUGGAACAAGAAGAGCUCAGGGCAGCCUGUCACCUUCACUGACAUCUUUGGCAUGCUCAUAGGGGAAACACUGAUCCAUGAUAGGAUGGACACCACUCUGAGCAAUAUGAAAGAGAAGGUCAGCAAUGCCCAGUGUGCUCUGCCACUCUUCACCUGUCUGCAUGUCAAACCAGAUGUCUCAGAGCUGAUGUUUGCAGACUGGGUGGAGUUCAGUCCAUAUGAAAUUGGAAUGGCCAAGUAUGGCACUUUCAUGUCUCCUGAUCUGUUUGGAAGCAAGUUUUUUAUGGGGACAGUGGUGAAGAAAUAUGCUGAAAAUCCCUUGCAUUUCCUGAUGGGUGUCUGGGGCAGUGCAUUUUCAAUAUUAUUUAACAGAGUCCUUGGUGUCUCCAAUUCUCAGAAUAAAGGGCCCACCAUGGAAGAAGAAUUAGAAAAUAUUAGGCUAAAGCACCUUGUGAGCAAUGACAGCUCAGACAGUGAAGAUGAGUCACAGCAUCCAAAAGGCACGGAGGGAGCUGAGGCCAAGCAGGAGAGCCAGGGGAGGCUGCAGGAGAGCAGCCAGGAGAGCUGGGUGCAGCGCAUGCUGAUGGCCCUGGUGGGGGACAGCGCCCUGUUCAACACACGCGAGGGUCGUGCCGGCAAGGUGCACAACUUCAUGCUGGGGCUCAACCUCAACAGCUGCUACCCCCUGUCCCCUCUGGCAGAGCUGCUCACCCAGGAGUCCCUGGAGGAGGAGGAGCCGGCAGCAGUGGCAGAUCCUGACGAGUUUGAGAGGAUCUAUGAGCCCCUGGAUGUGAAGAGCAAGAAGAUCCACAUUGUGGACAGUGGGCUGACCUUCAACCUGCCCUACCCGCUCAUCCUGAGGCCCCAGAGAGGUGUGGAUCUCAUCAUCUCCUUCGAUUUCUCAGCCAGGCCAAGUGAUUCCAGCCCUCCUUUCAAAGAGAUCCUGCUGGCUGAAAAAUGGGCCAAAAUGAACAAGCUUCCUUUCCCCAAGAUAGACCCCAAUGUGUUUGACAGGGAGGGCAUGAAGGAGUGCUAUGUUUUCAAACCCAAGGACACCUCCUCAGAGAAGGACUGUCCAACCAUCAUCCACUUCGUGCUGGCCAACAUCGACUUCAGGAAGUACAAAGCUCCAGGUGUUCCCAGAGAAACACAGGAAGAGAAGGAUUUUGCAGAUUUUGAUAUUUUUGAUGAUUCAGACACACCUUUCUCUACCUUCAACUUCCAGUAUCCCAACGAGGCUUUCAAGAGGCUCCACGACCUCAUGGAGUUCAACACCCUCAAUAACAUGGAUGUGAUCAAGGAGGCGAUGGUGGAGAGCAUUGAGUACAGGAAGCAGAACCCCUCUCGCUGCUCCGUGUCCCUCAGCAGCGUGGAGGCCAGGAGGUUCUUCAACAAGAGCAACCUCAACAACAACAACCACACGUAGAGGCUGUGCACGGCCCUGCCCUGCCCAGAAACUGCUCCUGCCUUUGGAACUGCAGGCAGAAGGACUUGAGUGGAGCAUCCCUGCUCCUCACGGGGCUGUGCGACACUCCUGAGAACGUCUUCUUGUGAAUGCAUUUUGUACUGCUGUUUUGGGAGCUGAAAACAUUUCAGUGGGCUGAGAUCCUUGUUUUUAAAACUGUGGAUCAUUGGGUUCAGUGUCUUUGUGUUUUCUUAUAGAAUUGGAAACACUGUUUUUUUUUGGGGAGGUAACUGAUUUUUAAUUGGUGUAAACUGGGCGUAGCUUGAAGGGUAAGAUGGAAUUAAAAAAAAAAAAAAUUGAAAUCCACUUUACUGCUAUAUGAGAAUGUCUGUACCACUCAGCAAAAAACGAAACCUCUGAUACUUU